AUGAUUGUCAAUAGAUUAUUUAGAUAGUAAUUCAGAAAUAUUAGUUAUGGCUUUGCUACAUAAAAGCUUGAUUAUUAUGCAGUUUUAGGAGUAGACCGUUUGGCUACUGCUGAACAAAUUAAGGAUUCCUACAGAAAGCUUGCUAUGAAGUAUCAUCCAGAUGUUAAUACAACAGUUACUGAAGCCCACGAACCUUCAGCCAGAAAAUUCUAAGAAAUAGCUGAAGCUUAUGCAGUUUUAUCAGUAGAAGAAUAAAGAAGAGCUUAUGAUUUUUUGAAUUAACCCUCUCCUUAUGACAGAUAUACUGAAGAUUCUGCUCUUGAAGAUGAACUUUUGCGCAGAAGAUCUGUUGAUGGUAAUGCUAUUAGAUAACCUCAUAAAGUUGGAACUUAUGCAGCUGAAAAGUAAAGAUUAUUAGCUGAAGAACGUGCCAAAUUCAACGUAGAUCAUUUGGGUCGUUACAAAGGUGGUCUUCCAGUUAAAGGCAAGGGUUCCAUCAGAAAGGGUAUCCACGGUGAAGGUUUUGGAGCUCCUUCUCAUGCCCAUGAUGCUUUGAUUCAUUAAAUUAAAUAAAGUAAAGAUACUAUGGAUUAUUAAAAUAUUACAAAUGAAGUUGCUUAAAAUUUCGCAAAUCAUCAAAAUAACGAUAGAUGGGUUUAUGAAAGAAGAAAGAGUAAUUUUAUUGCAUAAGUUGAUUACGAAUACUUCAAGUUUAAUCAUUGGAGAACUGCUUGGAGAUACUUUAGAAAUAUUUUCCUCCUAACUGCAGGUGUAUCCUUCCUUUAUAAUAUGGAAUUAGAUGAAGGUUUAGGUGGUUUGAGCCUCAAAUACAAGGAAUUUGUUAAAACCAACCCAGGUUAAGACCUUUUAAUUGGAAACAUUAGAGUUACUUAGAGACCCAACGGAUUGCUCGUUGCAGUUGAUGCUCACUAAAAACAACAUCAUCAUCAUUGA